AUGGAAAACCUGGCUCUCGCCACUCUCAAGGUGUCUACAUCAGUCUCCGUUGCAUUGGAGGCCGCCCUUCGGCCCAGGAAGCAGAAGCCAGCUCAGGCGGCCACAACCCGCCCUGCAAAGCGGCCAGCCAACGGCGCCGCCAAGGCCGGUGUGGCCAAGCGGCGGCGUGGUGCUGGGCCGGCUGCCAGCCCUCCCGCUGCGGUCGCGGCCAAGGCAGAGUGGGAUCACGCAGAUGUGGAGGGGUUGGCGAAUGAUAGCGAUCUGGAGGACUUGGAUGGCAGGCAGCGGCAGGGAGCAGGGGCGGCCACAGGCCGGGAGGCGGUCGCAGGCGCGCGGGAGCAGGGGUGCAUGGACAGCGAGGAGGAUGUGCCCCUGGGGCAGCUCAGAGCCAUGCAGCGGCAGCGCAGGAAGGGUGCGCGCCUGCAAGCUGCCCAGCCGGCGGGCCUGCCUGGCGGUGUCAACCACCGCCAGCAGCAGCAGACACAGGUGACGGUGAACGUGGAGAAGCCGCCGCAGCCGCAGAACGGGCGGCGUGAGAAGCUGGGGAGCGGCGGCGGCAUUCCCACCCCCAACAACGGGUCGCUUGCGGCAGCCACGGCUGCAGCAGCUGAUGCAGCCCUGCUUGAGGCCAGUGGGUCUGUCGAGUUGACGGGCGCCACCCAGCAGCGGCAGCAGCGGCGGCAGCAUGCCGCCGCCGCCCCCACCCCGGCAUCUUUUGCCAUCCCCAAAGUUCAGCCAGCGGCACAGAGCCCGCACCAUCGACAAAGCAUGGCAGGCGACGCGCCGCGCUCCCUGUGGCAGCAGCAGCAGCAGCCGUCGCACCGCCAGCAGUACCCUUCGGCUGCUGACCCUGCCGCGCCCGCCUUGGUUGAUGCGCACAACGUGGCGGGUGUGCUGAUCCUCAAAGAUGAGAUCACAAGGGCUGUGGCGAUUGAGCGGGCGCUGCUGGCUGCGGACACGGGGCUGAGCCUGCUGAGUGGACUGGUUGUGCGCAUCAAGGUGCGCAGCUACGUGCUGCGCCAAAUCGACUACCUCAGCCUGGAGGAUGGCAUGCUGCACUUCAAGUACCACAGCGUGUGCUGCAAGCCGGCCCAGGUGUCCAGCCGCGACCCCGCCACCGCCGCCGGCCAACUGACGCCAGCAGAGCUUCAGGAGUUUGGGGCGCGGAUGGAGGAGGCGGGCGAGGCCUGGACCGUCGGCAAGGUCGCACGCCUGUGGUGGCAGCACCGCCUGGUUGUGCGGUGGCUGGCCGACCUGCCCCUGAAGCCGGGUGCGCUGCCGUGCAUUGCGGGCGACCUGGAGAACGAGGAGGGGCCAGCCAGCUUGCUGAGCCACAUCCACCUGGACCACCACCACCACCGCCCCCAGCAGCAGCAGCAGCAGCAGCAGGAGCGCCACAACCAGCAGCAGCAGCAACAGCAGCAGCAGCAGCAGCCGUCCCCGCCCCAGCCCCCCAUUCCACAGUAUCAGCCGCCAUCUGACCCUCGCAUUGGCCUCGUGCGCUCACACAAGCCGCUGCCGCCGCCGCUGCCACAUGAGGCGACCAUUCCUUUGAAUGCUUGCGGCCAUGCACCACCCGCAGCAGCAAGGGUUGCUCCAGCGACGGCGGCGGCUGGCAGGCAGCAGGAGCACCAUGUUCAGUUGCCUUACCUGAUGCAAGACAGCGACGACGAGGAUGAAGGGGGUGAGGAGGAGCAGCAGCAGGAGGAGGCAAAGCGCCAACGCCACCAGCCUGCUCCACCACUGCCCACAGCACCGCCACCAGGGCCAGCUGGCGGCGCAGUCCUGCCAGCGGGCGGACCAGCUGCGGACCCCAGGCCUGCUGCGGCUGCACCCUCCCGCGCCGCUGUCAUUCGCAAGAAUUCGCAUCCCUUUGCUGUGAAGCUGCGCACAGCAGCAGCCCAAGCCAAGGCAGCAGAUGCGGAUGCCAAGGCAGCAGAGGCGAAGGCGGCGGCGGCCAAGGCGGCAGCGGGGCUAGCGGUGGUGCCAGCCGGCAACAACAGCAUGGUCGCUGCGCAGGGCUACCCGGGCGGCGCAUGGGGCCCAGGCCUGCCGCUGCACCCUUCCACCUCCUUGGCACUGAUCGGCGGUCAGCUGUACGCACCAGGCAGCAUGGGCUACCCUGGCGCUACGAUGCCGCCAAUGGACCCCGCAAGCUUUGCGAUGUAUGCUCAGAUGCAGGCCGCGGCAUGGCAGCAGCAGCAGUAUGCGGCGCUGGCAGGGCACUACUUUGCCCAGGGCGGCAGCGGCUACGGAUAUGAUCGCAGCGGCGCCUAUGCUGCGUGGGGCCCCGAGCAGCCCCCGGGCAUGCCGCCGCCGCCGCCGCCGCCCCCUUCCGCGCCCUCGGGUGCUGCCGCUGACCCUGCUGCCGCCGAUGCGGAGGAGCGUGAGCACAGGCGGCAGGAGCAGGUGCGGCAGGUGCAGGGAGUAGAGAUUGUUGAGCUGCUGGCCGGCCAGGAGGCGGCAGGAGCGGCGGAUGGCGGCGCGGCUGGGUCGCCUCGCCCUCCGGCCGAGCUGCCCCCUGCGGACCUCGACUCUGACUUUUGGGACCCGACGUGGAUGCUGGAGCGCCGCCUGCUGCAGCUGCUGGGGGAGCAGGGGCCUCAGCCCUACUACACGCUGCUGAGCGCGCUGGGCGAGGAGCAGCACCGGCUGCCGCCAUACCUGGCGGAGGCGCCUGGCGAGGCGCCUGUCUCCACCUUGGAGCGCCUCCUGCGCCACCGCCCCCACCUGUUCCGCGUCGUGCUGGGGGACACCAUCCAGCCAGCACCAGGCGCCUCCCGCUUCCUGGCGUUCAAGCGCCGGCUCCUCGAGCUGCUGGCCGCCUACCCUCAGCACCGGGCGCCCCUCAGCGAGCUGCAGGCAGCGGUGAAGCGCGUCAAGAGGCUGAGGCUGGAGGGCAAGCAGGCCUCCGAGGCAUUCCAGCGCUCAUGGCCCGGGCACGGCCAUGCCCUGCAGGCCCGCUCCAGCCUGGACCACUUCUGCCGCACCUACCUGCACGACUGUGUCCCUGCUGGCGCCCCCCAAGCCCCGCAGUUUGCCAAGCACUGCUUCUUCUCGUGCAAGUCCUCGCCCACCUGCCCAUGUAGCCACGCGCCGCCUCGGUUCGAGGCGCCGUCGCCGCCGGUGUUGUCUACGUUGGUGAAGCCCAAGGUGGAUGCCAUGUGGAAGCAGCGAAAUGCUGCACUGGAGGCGGCGGCGGCGGCCGCCGCUUCCGGGACGGCGCUGGCGCCGGCCUCGGCGGCGCCAGGCCGACCUGAUGGCUGUGUGGAGGCAGCACCGUCGCGCUCUCCGCAGCAGGAUCGGCUUGCCGAGCGGGCAGGCGAUGAGGAGCAGCAGCAGGAGGGGUCCCUGCCUGCCACCGAGGUGGUUGGCCCAGCCAGCCAGGAGGCCCCCAGCCAGUCACCAACUGUCGAUGCCGCGGAAGCUGGCGCGGAGCUGAUUGGCGCCGCUGAGGACGCCUGCGAGCAGCGCGAGGUUAGCAGCAGGGCAGCGGCAUCGGCGCGAGCAGGCCAGCAGCUGGCAGCAGCUGGGGCUGCACCUCUGCUCUUGACCGGCGCCCCCGCCACGCGGCACGCGAUAGAGCAGCGUGACCCGCCUGCUGUCGGCUACGCCGCUGGCAGCACCUGGAGGGGCAGCGUGCGCUUGGAGGAUGGCGAGGCGGUGCCCGAGGUUGGCACCUGGUGGGGGCCAGAUGGUGCAGCAGGCGGCUGCGCUCUGCUGCCGCCCGGAUUCGACCUGCAGCUGACGGAUGGCGACGAGUGCGGGGACACAGAGCUGGUGGCCGCGGUUGAGGCGUGGAGCGGGCUGGGCGCGCCCUGCUGCCUGCUGCGCUCCGUGUGCGAUGAGGCAGACAAUGUGGAUGCUGCCGCCACACACGAAGUAAUGGUGGAGAGCCUGGAGACCAAGUCACGUGGCUACCUGGUUGGCAGCCACGGCGUGGAGCAGCCCAAGCAGCAGCUGCUGGUGGCGCCACUGAGCAUGUUGGAAGUUCAGCUGGAGGGGAUGGAGGGCCGGCGGCCCCUGCUGGCGCAGCUGCAGGCAGCAGCCGCAGCUGCCGCGAACGCGGACGCCGGCGAGGGCUGCGAGCGGCGGCACCUGCUGGCUGUGCUGCCGCUCUUCCGGGAGGCUCCACCGCUGGAUGGCGGCUCCACGCCUGCUGCUACUGGCAGCCGCUUGACACCAGACAUGGGCACUCUUCGGCAGCAGCGGCAGCCGGGGGAGCAGCAGCAGGGCCACGAGCGCGACUCGGGUGGCUCUGCGCCGCCGCCGCAGGAGCCGGAGCCGCAGCAGGAGCGACCGCCAUCGCCGCAGCAGGAGCAGGAGCAGUGCGAGGAUCCCACGUGGCGGCUGGAGAGCGAGUGCAUCCAGCAGCUGGGCUGCCGCGGCAGGCUGGCGCUCAGCGAGUUGCGGUGCGGCAAGCGCCUGCCCGAGUACCUGGCCAGGGAGGGGGAGCGGGAGGCGCACACCUUCCAGCGCUUCGUCAAAGAGCGGCAGCACCUGUUCAGCGUGGAGGGGGAGGGCGACAGCCUGCUGGUCAAAGCUGUGCCAGGUGCUGAGGGGUUUCUGCGGCUGAAGCAUGCCGUGCUGGACCUGCUGGCGGGCUGUCCCACACAUCGGCGAAAAGCCAGCCAGCUCCAGGACGCCCUCCGGUCGCGCAUCACUGGCACCGGCGGCAAGCUGGAGGAGCAGGCAUUGAGCAAUCUGGGAGCGUUCUGCCGCGCCCACCUCAGCGACUGCGUGUGGGAUGACUAUGGCGGCACGCUGGCGCUGCGCCCAUGCGACAGGUGA